CCCAAGGAACUUUGCGGGUGCUGCAGUGUCAAUCCACUUUCCCCACGACCCACGACCUCAAGCGUCUGCUUCAAGAGGAUCGAGGAGACAGAAUGAGUCUUCUCGAGUCCCGCUUGGAGAAACUCCUCAACCAGCGCAAAGGAAAAGGUCGGUUCAGGAGCCUGAAAGUGUAUCCCACUGAUUCGUUGUUGGAUUUUUCUUCAAACGACUACCUAUCCCUCACCUCAUCCCCUAACCUUCGAACAUCUUAUCUAAACACCCUCUCAUCCUCUCCGAACAUAUUCGGCUCCACCGGUUCCCGACUCUUAUCAGGUUGUACACCCUCUCAUCUAGCUUUAGAAAGCAGACUUCAAUCUCAUUUUGACGCACCAUCAGCUUUACUCUUCAAUUCAGGAUGGGACGCCAACGUUUCUUUCUUUGCUACUGUACCGCAAAAAGAUGAUUGGGUUAUAUAUGAUGAAUUGGUACAUGCUAGUGUUCAUUCUGGUCUCAGAGCGUCUAGGGUGGAAGAGGAAAGAAGGAGGAGUAUGAAACAUCGGGAUGUUGAGGAUUUCAGAAGUGUUUUAGAGGAAAUUCUGAAAGACGAGGAAACUCUUUCAAACAGUACCUCUCUUGAAGAAGGCUUUCAUCUAGAUGAGGGACAGAAGGAAGGAGGAGGUAGAAUUAAAAUGAUAGAGAGGGAUGUUCUGAGGACAGAUGGAGGAGGAGGAACGAUUUUUCUAGCUUUGGAAUCUCUUUAUUCCAUGGAUGGAGAUUUUUGUCCUUUAUUGAAAAUGUUGGAAGUAUUCGAUAAUCUCGUUCCUUCAUAUAGACAAUGUGUGGUAUUGGAUGAAGCUCAUUCCACCGGAGUUUAUGGGAAAGGAGGAAGAGGUUUGGCAUAUUCUCUUGGUGUACAUAAGAGGAUUGUGAGGUUGAUGACUUUUGGAAAAGCUGUUGGAUGUUCGGGAGCCGUUUUACUUGGUCCGGAGACAAUACGAACUUUUCUUAUCAACUUUGCUAGACCUUUGAUCUUCUCAACGGCAUUACCUCAUUCAACUGUUAUCGCUUUAGAGUGUGCAUGGGAUUUGUUGCAAAGUUCAGAAGGUGAUGAACGACGAAGACGACUUUUCGCCCUCAUCCAACAUUUUCAUAAACUUCUGAACGAAUUACUGUCAAAAACCCCCUCUAACGUCUUACGACUACCCUACCCUUCUACCUCUCAACAAUCAUCCCAAGACAAUGAUGAAACAUCUUUUAUCUCAACGCUAUCUCCUCACGCUCCCCCCAAAUCUCCCAUACCACCCUCCAAUCAUCUCCUCUCCCAGCCCGCUCAACCCUCCCAGCCGUCCCUUUCUCUCAGUGGAUCAACAUCCCUAUCAAUCUCCCUACCAGCAUCUUCAUCUCAGCCAUCAACAACAUCCGAGCAAACAUCAUCGAGUUCAUCUUGGGAAGCAGCAUCGAGCUCCUCAAUUCAAACAUUAACAACUCACAAAUGGAUUUCACCCCCCGUCGAUGCACCAUCAGCAAUCUGUGGUCUUCUUACCCCUCAUCCUCAUCGUCUCUCGGCGUUCUUAUUGGAAAAAGGUAUGAUCAUCCGACCUGUCGUCCCUCCUUCCGUACCACCUGGUGGGGAACGUAUUCGGAUCUGUUUAAGAGCGGAUAUGAGUUCGAGGGAUGUCGAACGGCUCGUUACUUGUUUGAAGGAGUGGGUGGAUAUCGAGGUCAGACACGGAAACUCAGAUAUUCCUUCUAAGGGCUUCGGGGUGAAAGCGAAAUUGUAAUAGAAUAUAGAAACAUCUCCAUAGACCAGAUCUUGUUCUGAUCUUUUUGUCAAUCUCUGUGUUGUGUGUUGUUCACGUUAUUGUCAUAAUCAUCUCGAAUCAACAUCGCCCAUGAGUCCACCACUACUAGAGGGUUCUUUUGUGCUUUGGAAGGUUGAGCCAUAUACAGUACCGUAUGGAACAGAUGCAUUUUCCGUAUCUCCUUU